ACGUCUACGAAAAACAUAACACAAACCUCGAAGGUCUGAACGCGUUUGUCACUUGAAGCCAUUGGAUUGAUUGAUAUGUCAGCAAUGGACGUCAAGGAUACGCCUAUGACGGGUCAGCAGCCUUCUAUGGUCGCUCCCACCACCGUCCGCAUCAAGCGAAAGCGGAAUCAGGCUCCACUCGAUGCACUAUAUCUCGAUGAAGAAGAAACGACAAUGACCGCUUCUACUGACACCAUGUCCGAAGCCCCACGCAAGAAGCGAAAAAUCUUCACUCUUUCCCGGACACAGUCAUUGGCUCAGUCAGCAGUUCCGACAUCGGUUACGCCCGUCACUACGGCGGCUUCUGCGACUGUGAGGGUUGGUCCGACACCGAUAAGCAUCCCAAGGAAUGAGCCUGUCAAGCUGAGGGUUGCGAAGAGGACCAAGGAGGGGGAACUUGAGCUCGUGAGGGAGGAAGCGAGGAAGCGGGGGAUUGCGGGGAAGAUGGAUAGGAUGAAUAUGGACACGGAUGAGGAUGAUUGGGUUUAUGAUGUGUAUACAACCUCCACUUCGCCGAAAAAUGGUGCCGAAGAUGUGGAGGCUUUGAACGGCAAUGUCAAUAUCGGAAUCGUAUACUGGAACCCAAAUGCCGGCCCCGGUGAGGAUGAGCUCGUCUUCGAAACCGAGAAGAGCGACGAGGAGGCCUACGACUCCGCGGACGCAGACAGUAACGAUGAGGAUGCUUUCGGGAACGAGUACCCAGAUGAGGAUGAGGUCGGGUGGGAUGAAGAGUAUGGAGGUGGCGCGAAGGGGGAGGGUAGCGACGACGAGGAGAAGGCCGGGAGCGAGUAUGAUGGAUUCAGUGAUGAGGGUGAGGCGUGGAACCGGCAGCAAGGGUAUGGGCAGGGGUAUGAGGGUGCUGCCGAGGAUUACUACUGAAGGGCAAGUUGAAAAAAGAACACCGGCAUGAGUUGGCAUAGGGGAAAGAAUGGAGCAUACCGAAAGACAUUCCAAGGCGCAUAUGCAUGGCAUGGGAACGGCUACCAAGGUGAAAGCGCGUUUUGGUCAUUUCACAAGGCAUAGUACGCAUUGUUGAUAAACUGCACAAUCCAUUUACCAAGACAUUGGGUCUUAACUGGUGGUUACUUCUGCGAGGCGCGGGUUGCCCAGACAGGCAGCGACACCG